AUGGAUCCCCAAGAGCGCGUCGGGCAUUUGCAACCCGACCCAGAUCGUGUCGCAACGAUGUACGGUGAACUAGGUAACAAAUUGGUCCAACAUGCAAAACGCACGCAAUCCCUCGCCCACCUUCCGCCCUACCAAGCCGAGAUCGUCCGCGCCGUAACUCGCGAAGUCCGCGAUCUCGAGCGUGAUACCGUCCGCUUGCUAGAACCAUUCGAGGGCUCUUUCAAUCCCUCCGCGGACCCAGCGACCGCAUGUACCCUGCUAGUCGACCAUCUCUGCAUGCGCCGGAACAAGCGCUGCCUCCUCGCGUACCAUCGUGUGCGUACCGAGAAACUCGAGGAGUUGUGCUGGAAGGGCGUGGAUGCAUUGGAACAGCAGCAGCCCAGUGAGGGAUCAGAGGACCGCGGACUUCCUUCGGGAGUGGGUGGACAUAGUUCGCUGAGUCCCGAGGAAGAAGAGUAUUUCCGGCAGUAUGGGGAUAUGCUGGCUGCGUAUAAAGGGCAAUGGACGGAUAUUGAUCUGACGGGAACCUUGCAGCCGCCUAAGGAUUUAUUUAUUGAUGUACGGGUGUUGAAGGAUGCGGGGGAGAUUCAGACGGAAUAUGGCGUGAUCAACUUGAUCAAGAAUAGUCAGCUUUAUGUUCGACAGGGGGAUGUUGAACGACUGAUCGCGCAAGGUUUUUUGGAGCGAUUGAGCUGA